CAAGUGUUACAAUCGAUAAUUUACGUCAGAAAUGAUCUAAAUUUGUAAAUACGCUGACCGCAUGUAAACAGAAAAUGCCACAACUAUCGUCGGAAAAUAGUGUUUGUUUAAGUGUCGAAAAUAAUUUGCGUCGCCUAGAAAUACAUAAUUAAUUAAUUUUUCUCUGCAUUUUUGGCAAUAUAAAAGCUACAACUACCGUAAAAAAAUUAGACAUCUGCCAAGAGUUCUCAGUACAAGAAUUUACUUAAUAUACAUAUUCGGCUAUAAGUCCAAAAUCUAUAAAAUAUAUCCAACUGCAGUUAUAUAUAUAUCAGGGAAAAAUGUUUAAAUUCUGCUCUUUAUUAUUAUUAGUAACACUUUCUUCAUUUCCACACCUGAGUCAUGCGGAUUGCUGUAAAAAAACAAGACUUUACUUUUACUCAGGAAACUAUGCUUGUACGGAUUUCCCCGGUGCAGAACAGAAAGCAUCCAGAUUAGUGAAUCUUCAGUACUGGAUUACGUACGGUAAAAGUUGUCACAUUGAUGUAUGUGGCGAUGGAACGCCAGUAACCGAGGGAACUUAUUGUGGCAAAGGUGCUUGCAAUAUUUUUGGUUGCAAUUGUGACGGAGGUUGUAUUCAAGGAAAUCCACUUGAAUCAUUUCAGAAGUUAAAUGAUGGAAAAAUUUCUAAUCUCCGUGAUGUAGAAUAACUGCGAUUCAACAAAAUUUCUUCAUUAAAUAUAUGUAAAAAAUUUUGUAAAUAAAAAAAAUUAUGCUCAAUAUAAUGUGUUAAAUUUACAUG